AUGGUAACAGCAAAGAAUUGUGGGGGAUCUCCCCAACUAAGAAGGAAUUGUGGGUAUCCCGGGAUCAGCUCUGCAGAAUGUGACAACAGGAACUGCUGCUACGACUCCAGUAUUCCCGGGGUGAAUUGGUGCUUCUAUACUCAGGAACAAAACAAGGCCCAGUGCGCUGUGAACCCCCCAGACAGAACAGAUUGCGGUUACCCCGGAAUUACCGCCACAGAGUGUCACAAUCGAGGAUGCUGCUUCAACUCAAGUGUUCCCGGAGUAAAAUGGUGCUUCUUCUCCAAAGAGCAGCAAAAUGAACAAUAUGAAUGCGGAGUGUUUCCUUACAAGAGAAGAAACUGUGGGUACCCGGGAAUAAGCUCCUCGGAAUGCACCAAGAGGGACUGCUGCUUCGACUCCAGCACUCCGGGGGUUAACUGGUGCUUCUACUCUAAAGAACAAGAUAAUUCCCAAUGUGCCGUGAACGCGGUGGACAGGAGGGACUGCGGCUUCCCCGGAAUUACUGACACGCAGUGCUACUCCAGAGGAUGCUGCUUCAACGCAAGUAAACCAGGAACCAAAUGGUGCUUCUACCCUAAUGGGAAAUAAUCCCAAAGAGGAACAACCUGAAACGAUAGGAAUACUUACCU